AUGAAGUGGGAGGAGCAGAAAUUCGAGCCAAAGCAGCUGCCACACCUCAAGCUUGGUACGGUCCCGACGCGCCUCUUCAAGAAGACAGACGUUACCCGCGUCGAGGACUGUCCAAAUCUCUUCACCAAGGCAAAGUACCACAAGUACUUGUACCAGGAGAGCGUCAAAAUGGAUGGCACGUCCAUGACGAUAUAUUUUGUCAACUCCAAUCUUCCUCUCUUUGCCAACCUCAACCCUCUUCCCGAGAAAGUCGGUCCGAACACGGUUCACCCGAACGGACGCUUCGGCGUCUGUUCCAAGAACAUGGACAUCAACGAGCUCAGUGACUGCCAAUUCGGCUACUGGAAGAUCGCACUCCGCUAUGACCUGCCCAAGAAGCUGGCAGCAAAGGGGCGGAGCGUCGCCAUUCAUGGCGAGUUCUGUGGACAUAACAUCAACCAGAACCGUGAGAAGAUCCGUGGUGGCCAAGUUGACUUCUUCGUCUUCUCCAUCUACGACGUCACAACGCAGAAGUACAUGAAUCCAAAAAUCGUUGUCGGUAUUGCCCAGCAGCUUGGCCUCAAGCACGUGCCCGUCCUUGGCUAUGUCAAGAUCCGUGAGAUCGCUGACAGCCAUCACGAGCUGAAGAAACGCGCGAUGCAGCGAAAGGGCGAGGGCCUUGUUUACAAGUGCCUUCAUGAUGGACGGUCGUUCAAGGUGAUCUCCAGUACAUACCUUCUGGAACACGGUCUCUGA